CAACCUCAUCAAAAAUUAAAUUGAUAUUUAUGGGCUAAUCUGGAAACCCAAAUACAGUUUAUUUCACUACAACUAUAAGAAAGCAUGUUCAAAUUCCCACUGACUGACUUAUAAAGGGGCUUUUGGAACACAACCUAAUGUAUGAAGUACUCAUUAAGCCCUAACAACUACCCUGAAGAUGGUAUUGUGAAUAUGGCAACUUUUCUACGGGGCUUUGAAGAAAAGGGGAUAAAGAAUGACUGGCCUGAGGAUCAGCUGAGUAAAGAGAAAAAGAAAAUUCUGUUCUCCUUCUGUGAGGUAUGCAACAUCCAGCUGAACUCCGCAGCCCAGGCGCAGGUCCAUUACAACGGUAAAUCCCACCGCAAACGAGUCAAGCAGCUGAAUGAUGGGCAGCCCCCACCACCAGCCCCGGGCUCCGGGCAGCUGCUGGCCAGCCCCAGCACCAACACCAGCGCAGGUGGUACAUGCCACACUACUACACUUCCUGCUCUUGUGCGCACACCUACCCUGAUGAUGCAGCCUUCACUGGAUAUCAAGCCAUUUAUGUCUUUUCCAGUGGACAGUAGUUCUGCUGUGGGGCUCUUUCCAAAUUUUAACACAUUGCCAAGCCAUGAGAAGGACCCACUUAACCUGUGUUCUGAGCAGUGGCAUCUAACUACAAGAAGAGGCUUAUUUGGGACCAAUAAAUUCUGCCAGAUGGAUCCUGUGCAAAAAGCAGUGAUUAACCACACUUUUGGAGUCUCCAUUCCCCCAAAGAAGAAGCAAGUUAUUUCUUGUAAUGUCUGUCAGCUUCGCUUUAACUCGGAUAGCCAGGCCGAGGCCCACUACAAAGGAAGUAAACAUGCCAAGAAGGUCAAAGCACUAGAGGCAACGAAAAAUAAGCCCAAAAUGGUUUCUUCCAAGGACAGCGCAAAGGCUAAUCCCAGCUGCUCCGUCACUCCAAUCACAGGCAACAGCUCUGACAAAUCAGAAGAUAAAGGGAAGUUAAAAGUCAACAGCUCCAGUCAGCCAUCAGGCUCUGAUGGUGGCUCAUUUCUCCUCAAAUCCGGCACAACACCUCUGCCACCUGGCGCAGCCACUUCCCCCUCAAAGAGCACAAAUGGAGCUCCCGGUACCGUUCCUGAAUCAGAAGAAGAAAAAGCCAAAAAAUUACUGUAUUGUUCACUAUGCAAAGUGGCUGUGAACUCCCUGUCACAGCUAGAGGCCCACAACACAGGAUCUAAACACAAGACCAUGGUUGAAGCUCGUAAUGGGGCUGGUCCAAUUAAGUCCUACCCUAGACCUGGAUCAAGAUUAAAGAUGCAGAAUGGCAGUAAGGGGUCAGGACUACAAAAUAAGACAUUUCAUUGUGAAAUCUGUGAUGUUCAUGUUAAUUCAGAAAUUCAACUCAAACAGCACAUUUCUAGCCGAAGGCAUAAGGAUCGAGUUGCAGGAAAGCCACUGAAGCCGAAAUACAGCCCUUACAACAAACUCCAGCGGAGCCCGAGCAUUUUAGCAGCAAAACUUGCAUUCCAGAAAGACAUGAUGAAGCCUUUGGCCCCGGCCUUCCUGUCGUCGCCCCUGGCGGCGGCGGCGGCCGUGUCGUCGGCGCUGUCGCUGCCGCCCCGGCCGUCGGCGUCGCUGUUCCAGGCGCCGGCCAUCCCC